AUGGCGGGCAUUCCUAUGACGGUCACCGCCAUUCCGGCUUAUCCGACAAGGCUGCCGCACAACAGCAACUAUCCGCCUCUACCGCCCAUUGUCAACGCUCCAUGGGGCGCUAAGUUCCCCCCGCCCGACGAUCUCGUCGUCAUUUCUGCUAGACGAAUCAAUUCGAUGUUUCCGCCGCUGGUUACGGCAUCCAUGGCGCUUGGGCUGGUGGUGUCCGACUGGUCGAUCCAUCUGCCGUGGGAGUGGAAGCUUCUGACCAAACGCAAGAAAUGGAAGCUCUCCCACAUCGCCUACUUUGCAUCGCGUUUCGGUGGACUCGGCUACACUCUCUGCGCGCUGCUUCAUUCGAUCGUCGGCAACCUAGCGGGAGGGCCAAUGGAACUGGGGGCCGAACGGUGGAACUAUGCCAACUUUGCCUGCCAGGCAGAUCGUCGAGCCAGCACGUUUUUCUCGGUCAUCUCCAUCGGCGGCAGCAGCGGCAUCCUUCUUCUUCGCUGUCUUGCGCUGUACCGCUUCCACAUCGUUGCUGUUGUCUCCCUCGGUCUGCUGUGGCUCGCGACACCCGCUUUCAUUCUGGUCAACGUCUUUGUGCUCGGCAGCCAGAGCAAACAAAAUGGCAUCAGCGCCUGCGAUCCCAGCCCUCCAAAAAAGCUGGCGAACCCCAUCAUCACCAUGUUGCCUUGGUUCUUCCUGCCCAUUUUUGACUCGACCAUCCUGGUGCUCUCGUUGAUUGGUUUGCGACGCGCGUCGCAUCGACGACGCAGCUCACCCUUGGAACGCAUGUUCCGCAAGGACAAUAUCUUCUACUACGCCAUCGUUUUCCUCUGCGUUAUUCCGAUCCCCAUCUGGUAUGUGUGCCAAGGGCACGAUGGUAGGAUGAUGCCGUACCUCAGCCUGUACGUUGGCCUUUCGAGCAUCCUCUCCUGUCGCAUGUUUAUCAAUCUCUGGAAGGCGAUAGGCAGAGAGCUGGCUUUGGCACACACGUUUGGCAGCAACACCCAAGAUCAUUAUCGCAUCGAUACGAGCAUGGAACAAGCCACGGCGGGUCUGGUCGGUACGCAGAUCAGCGUGCCCGAAUCGGCGGCAAGCCGGGGGGAGCAACGCGACGGAGCCGACUCGAUCAUGGAGGUUACUUCCCCAACCGAUGGCAGCAUAGUCGGUGAUUUGCCCUUAAACGAAAAGGAGUCGUCCUCGUCGACAUCUGUCGAAGUCAAGACCACUUCGGUGGAUUCUGAUGCUGUCUCAACCACGCAAAGCCUUCACACGACAAGACUGCGCAGGAUUGUUCCGGAUUGGGCCGACGUGGAUCCAGACCUGGCUUUCAGCUUGAACGGCGACUUUUACGGUGAUGUCAACUCGAUAUCGUACGACUAUCAAUCCAGAGGAAUGCACUCGACCCCGUAUUGA